GAAGUCCACGAUCUGCUGAGCGACUACGAGCUGAAAUACUGCUUUGUGGACAAAUACAAAGGGACUGCGUUUGUCACUUUGCUCAACGGGGAACAGGCAGAAUCGGCCAUCAAAAAAUUCCACCUGAGCAAACUACGAGAGAAAGAGAUUUCGGUGCAGCUGCAGCCCACGGACGCCCUGCUGUGUAUCGCCAACCUCCCCCAGCUCUACACCCAGCAACAAUUCGAGGAGUUGGUCCGACCUUUCGGCAACCUGGAACGUUGUUUCCUGGUUUACAGCGAGAAAACGGGACAUUCCAAAGGUUAUGGAUUUGUGGAAUAUAUGAAAAAGGAUUCGGCGGCCAGAGCCAAGUCGGAUCUGUUGGGGAAGCAGCUGGGCACGCGGACUCUCUACGUCCACUGGACGGACGUCAACCAGUUGACGUCAGAUCUCCUCCAUUCCAAGUGCUUGUGCGUCGACAAGCUGCCCCACAACUACGCCGACCUCGAGGAGCUGCGGCAGGUCUUCGCCGCCGCCUGCGCCCCUGCUUUUUGCCAGCUGGCCUACGGUCAGGACGGGCAGCUGAAAGGCUUCGCCGUCCUGGAGUACGAGUCGGCGGAGAUGCCCGGCCCUCCUGGCCGCAGUAUGUUGGCCGCCCUGAUAGCCGCGCAGGCGACGGCGCUGAAUCGUGGGAAAGGGCUCCUUCCCGAGCCGAAUAUCCUCCAAAUUCUCAACAGCCUGGGAAAUCCCGCUUCCCUCCAGCUGCUGCUCAACCCCCUGCUCCACGGGGCUGUCGGAGGAAAACAGGGAAUCCUUGGUGCCGCUCCCUCUGUGCCGCUGUUGACCAACCCGGCCCUCUCCACGGCUCUCCUCCAACUCGCGCUCCAGAACCAAACCCAAGCUCAGCAGAAGGCAUUGCUGGGGAACUCCCCGUUACUGCAGAACCAGGUCUGGACGCAGCUGCUGCAGAACAAGGAGAACCAAACCCUCUUCCAUGUGAGCG